ACACACACACACACACACACAGCCACUCCCUCUCUCAGGGUUUGGCAGUGGGGUGGGGGGACAGAGAGAGAGAGAGACGGAGAGAGAGACAGAGAGAGGGUGGUUGUGCUCUGAUCCUCCUGUUCUGGCCGUUUGAGAAGAGUCCUGCACCGUGUGCUUGAUGUGUGUGUGAUGUGUGUGUGAUGUGUGUGUGAUGUGUGUGUCAGACCCACACACACUGGAUAUUUUUACUGCUCCCUGGAGCUAUUUUAGGAAAUAUUUGAGAUUUCGGUGCUGAGAGAGCGGAAUGUACGGUUCAACAUGUCAUCUUGGAUCGAUGUGGACAGUCUGAGGUAGUGAAACGUAGAAUUAGCGAACUGUUCACACCUUUUACACUUCAUCUCCAUCUGAAAACACACACCUGGUGUCCUAUCAAUCAGGUGUGUCCAGGAGUGCGCUUGCUUUGCUGUGAAGUUUUAUUUUUUUUCCAAAAAUGGCCGACCCUUAUCAAAACAGCUAUCACCAUGGUGACGGUUACCAGGCCGAAUACCAGGAGGAAGAAGACGCGGCGAGUGAUGACACCGAGGGUCACGAUGAGGACGACCAGAUGUACGAGGGCGAGUACCAGGGCAUCCCGCACCCGGAUGAGGUCAAAGCGCCGAGGUCAAAGUUGAAGGUUCGUGCUGAUCAGGACGAAGACGACGGCCUGGCGGAGCAGUACGAGGAGAUCAUAGAGGACUGUGGACACGGACGCUUCCAGUGGAGUCUGUUCGUGGUGCUCGGCUUGGCGCUGAUGGCCGACAGCGUCGAGUGUUUCGUCGUGGCGUUGGCGCUUCCCAGUGCUGAAAAGGACAUGUGCAUGUCUAACGCAGAGAAAGGCAUGCUGGGUCUGAUCGUUUUCCUGGGAAUGAUGUUCGGAGCGUUCGUUUGGGGAGGAAUGGCCGAUAAAGUGGGACGACGGAAAUGUCUGCUCAUCGCUCUGACAAUCAACUGCAUCGCCGCCUUCCUUUCGUCCUUCGCUCAGGGAUACGGAUUCUUCAUCUUCUUCAGACUCAUCUCUGGCUUCGGGAUCGGAGGCUCUGUCCCGAUCGUGUACUCGUAUUUCUCAGAGUUUCUGCAGAUGGAUAAGAGAGGAGAGCACCUCAGCUGGCUCUGUAUGUUCUGGAUGAUGGGUGGAAUUUAUGCUUCGUUCACUGCCUGGGGCAUCAUCCCUCAUUACGGAUGGGGUUUCAGUAUGGGUUCAGAGUUUCAGUUCCACAGUUGGCGUGUGUUCGUGUUGGUGUGUGCGCUGCCGGCCAUCGCCGCUCUCAUCGGUCUCAUGUUCAUGCCCGAGAGUCCACGUUUCCUGCUGGAGCACGCUAAACACGACGAGGCCUGGAUGAUCCUGAAGCACGUUCACGACACUAACUGGAGAGCGAAAGGAGAACCGGAGAGGGUGUUCACCGUUUCUCAGAUCAAGACCCCGAAGACGCAGGAGGACGAGUUUUUUGAGAUUCAGACCUCCACCGGAACGUCUUUCCAGAGAUGGGCGGUCCGCACCGUGACUCUUAUCAAACUGGUGUUUAAGAACGUCGUGUCCCUCUUAGCUCACGAUCUGAGACUCGCUACUCUGCUCAUGGCCGUUAUCUGGUUUACGAUGGCUUUCAGCUACUACGGAUUAGCCGUGUGGUUCCCGGACAUGAUCAAGCACCUCCAGUACGAGGAGUACCAGUCCAAGGUGAAGAAUUUCCCCAGAGAGAGAAUCGAAAACUUCCACUUCAACUUCUCGCUGGAGAAUCAAAUCCACCGAGACGGGAAAUACAUCAACGACAAGUUUAUCGGCAUCGUGAUGAAGUCUGUAAAGUUCGAGGACUCGCUCUUUGAGGACUGUUAUUUUGAGGACAUCAGGUCUACAGACACGUAUUUUGAAAACUGCACCUUUAGAUCCACCACCUUCAACAACACCGAUUUGUACAAGGAGAACUUCAUCGACUGCAGGAUGGACAACACAAGCUUCCUCCACCCCAAAAAGGGCUGCCAUCUAAACGUCGAGGAGGAGAACGAUAUCCUCAUUUACCUGGUCAGCUUCCUGGGAAGUCUGGCUGUGCUUCCUGGGAAUAUCAUCUCAGCGCUGUUCAUGGAUAAGAUCGGGAGAAUUAAAAUGAUCGGAGGCUCCAUGCUCAUCUCCGCCGGCUGCACCUUCUUCCUCUUCCUGAGUUUCAGUCAGGCGGCCAUCAUCGCCUUGCAGUGUCUGUUCUGUGGCGUCAGCGUAGCGGCGUGGAACGGCAUCGAGGUGAUCACCGUGGAGAUUUACCCCGCCUCUAAAAGAGCCACAGCAUUUGGUGUCCUAAACGCAGUGUGUAAACUGGCGGCCAUCUUGGGAAGUUCCAUCUUUGCCUCAUUUGUGGGGGUCACUAAAGUCAUUCCCAUCCUCCUGUCCUGUGCUGCACUGGUGUGUGGAGGACUGCUGGCUCUGAAACUGCCCGAAACCAGAGAGAAAGUUCUGCUGUGAUGUGAAACCCCCAAACGCACACACACACACACACACACACACACACACACACACACACACACACACACACACACACACAGGCUGGCAGUAAGGAACAACUGAAACACUAGUUGAAGUCCUAAUAAGAAAUGUUAUUAGACAGAAACAAUGCCCAUCUUUAUCAUCAAUAAACUCACACACCGAGUUCACGACGUUACUCCCGGUGUCCCAGACCAUCUCUGUAGAUUUUAAUUCAGUAAUAAACAUCAGGUUAAAUAACAUCACCUCGGACGAAUCAUUCACAUGAACACAUUUACACUUCACACUCAGACGAGAUCAUCAAGAAGUUUUAAACUCGAUGAAAAAUAUAUACCCGAGCCGAACAAAAGCCUAAUCUAUUCGAUGAUGAGAGUCCCAAACCGGUUAGGAUGUUUUUUCCACUGCAAAAAGUACUGAAAAUUUCGGCACCAGGGAGUAAAUAGGACCUCAUGCAGGAUCUCAGGGGGCGGGGCUAACAGCACUGUUUGUAUCCGAUUGGUUACAACGCAUAACCUCAGUAAUAGGAUUUUUUUUGUGUGUGUGUCUCAUUGCAAUUUUUCUCCCUCCAUAUAUACACAUACAUGUAAAUUUACUUAUAAAUCAAUCAGUGUUCAUAAAUGUUUUUAAUAACGUGUGCAAUAUUACGUUAUUGUUAGUCGUACUCUAUAACCAAGUUGGGAAAAUUCUCUUUUUAAAUUAAUUAUUCGUCUAACAAUUCAUCAUCAGAACAAAUGAACGAGGCAUUUUAUUUUUUAAACGUUUAACUCAACAACCAAUCAGAGAGAGGACCGGAGCUAACCCGAGCCCUUCCGUCAUGUUGGGUUUAAUGAGGAUGCGGUCGCUUUUACUGUCGUCAUGGUGACCAUUUAAAUCGUCUCUCAAACUGAACCAGAACCAUGUGCUCCGUUGGUUCUGGUUAGUUAAAGGUGCAGUGGAAAAAAAUGAUUAAUUCAUUCAUUUUUAAAAAAUUUAAAACGCCCAAUGAUCCUCCAGAACACGCCAAAGACUAGAAAUCACAACAAAUCAGAAUCUAAAGACUAGCAGAAUAAUGACAUCAUGCACCUUCACGUGAACGACGCCUCCUGAGCCAGUUACGACACUUUUUUGUCACAAAACAGGAUUGUUUUGUCUUUUGUGAGUUUUGUUUAUGAUCCUGACGUCCGUUCGAUUUCCCGAAGUUUAAGCCUGAAUUUUCCAUCCUGUGUGUUAGACUUGACGAGGAGUGUACGCUUUGAGCCGUUUGUCCUCUCCGUAAUCUGCGUUUUCAUCCAUCUGUAAUCUCGGGUUCACGCCAGUGGCGACGUAACAAGACUGGGUGUAAUUUCAGAAGGCGGAGCAACUGUCAGCCAUGCAAAGUGGGCGGGGCGAGUGGAAUUGAGCCGAUGUGGCGACUCAGCAGGAGCAACGGACGGUGACGCACGUCUCUUCACCCAACGUUUUGGUUCCACGUUUUCAUUCCUAGACACAUCUCUCUCCUGAGCCUGUAGCCGAGACUCGCUCUGCCGCUACGAGCGUUUCUGGUUUGUGUAAAAUCGAACAGCGUCGGUGUUUUGAUGUAAAUAGAUGGCAGCAGUUGUCGAAGAGCAGGGACGCGCUGUACGGAUGCGAUUUAUACGCAAGUAAUUCUACUCUCUGUUGAUAUUCGGCGUAUUUCCUGCAGAGACGACGUUCGGAUAAAAGCUUCAAUAUGACGUAAUUGUGGAGCAAAUGGACGUCAUGCGGUUUCGCUCGCUGUGUCGCGCGCACGGCAGCGCACGACUGGUCAUUACAAACAUGCACGACUUUGAGGACGGGUCAUUAUUUUUACUGUAAUCGUGGAGGUCAUAAUUUCCCCCUCUCAGGAUCCGAGCUCAGUGAACACUGCUUUGUGCUUUGUCUGUAUUUUCUUGAAUCGAGUCUUGUCCCCGCCCCUGUCCUGCCAUUGGUCUAUUUCCAAACGUCCUCUGAUCUUCUGAUCCGUGUUUCGGCUACAGGAUAUGAUUCGUAGAUUUCCUGAAAUAAAAAUCACGUCAUUUUCACGCGUUCCGUCCUGCUUCCUCUCGCCGCACACUAUUGAAAAUUGUGAUUAAAUUUUAACAGCGCCACCUGCAGUACUGGAGCACACAUACGUUUGAUACAAAUUGAUGUGAAACCACAGAAGGUACGCGAGCUUGUACGCUCAGGAAGGUCACAUCGUCUCCACAUUAAGUAUGCUGAGAACUUAACUUGUGGACAGAACGUGCCGAAUACAUCUGGCUUUUAGGAGGAGAAACAGAUUUUUGUAGAGGAAGGGGUUUUUAGAUACAUUCUGUAGCUAGCUAUGUUGGUCGUGUGCUCAUAUUGCACUAGCCAGGUGCUAGGAGUGAAACCAUGGCAACCAUUUGAGCAACACGAGGUGAAAAAUGGCCACCGGUGUGAACACAGAGUAAAACUCGACACUCACCACAGUAUAAAUGUUAAAAUCAUAACUGCUGGGCUGGAUUUGUUUUAAUGCUCGUUUUUAAGUGUGCUGACUGUUCGCUGACGAGCCGCAUGUUCGCUGCCGCCGUCUGUGUCUGCUUUUCAGUGUCGUCAAACCAAGCAAAUGGCUUUGCGUGUGAUUCGUGUGGCUGUAAAUAAAAAUCAGAUGGAUAUAUGACGCUGUGCAGAGUGUGUCUGUGAAGGCGUGAACAUCAAACGACCAAAAAUGAAAUAGUUUGCAUGAUGCUAAACUGGAGGCUAUAAGCUUCCAUUACUUGCUACAUUAGCAUUGUAGCUCCAGAAGCGACUAAAGAAGCGAACUUCACGCACCGAACACAUCACAACUGAUCAGGUACAUUUGAAAUAAAUGGGAUGCUACUUUAAGCUAAUUCAAACCGAAGAAGUUAUUUAAUAUGGCAGAUUUGCUGCAAUGAGACAUCGAAUGCUAUAAAUCAUUCUUUAGGUUACGCUUACAGUCAUAAACUGAUCACGGUUUCUUAUUUUUAAGCGGUCUCUAACUCAUAAAGAGACCGUUAGGACAGAAAUGCUAAUGCUAACAGUGAGUGAAAGUGAACAGCCUUAGCAUGUCCGUUCGACGAUAAACAAUAAACCCUCUUCAGUCAACAUUUACAAAAAUCACUUCUGCUCUGUUGUGCAUUCAUUUCAUCCAUUUUUCUGGAUCGGAUUUGCAGUUAAAGUCUCUGUCCCGAACAUUAGUACACCGUUAGCUGUUUUAGCUAAACGCUAGAAAAUAUAGAACCUGACACACGCAAACACAUCACUGUGGUGGUUAUUGCACGUUUGGAGUGUUUAUACGGUUUUAUACGGAGGUGUGUGAGGGGUGUGUUUAGUGUUUGUGUCCUCUUUUCAGGCUGUAUUUAUGUAGAGUGCUAAUCUCAUAUGCUAAUCGCUAAUUAGCAUGAUUAGCUUUACUACAAUAGAACACCACACACACACACACACACACACACCACAGUUUUGAACGCAGCACUAAUUUGCUUUAUAAAACGUGUUCAUAAUCCGACUCCGAAGCUUUAACGUUAAAACGAAAUACACAUUUUAUAAAUCAAGCUUUAAAUCUCAUGCGUUUCUGCAGCGUUGUGUUUGCUAAUCUCUAAAAAUGAUCAUUUAAUUUAACAGCUAUAGCAACAACAACAAAAACCCCAGUGAUUUGGAUCAAUCCGUUGUGAAGGAACUGGUGUGUGAAUAAUAAUAAUAACGUGUUUUAUAACGUGUGUUUUGUUACGUUGUGUCUGUGUCAUUGUGUAAAGAAAAGCCAUAACGAUCUGCUUGUCUUUCUUUUCUUUUCUUUUUUUCGUGUCUGACUGGAACGGAUUUGUUAUUUAACUGUCUCGUCUGUUUUUAUUUAAUUUCAUUUUAUUUUGUGAGUAUAAAAAUAAAUAUAUUUAUUCACGUGCA